GGUGAAGUCCUGCUGGUGCUGAGUCUCCUUUUGCUGGGUCUCUUUGCAGGACAUCAGGCAGGUCAGGAGCAAUGGCAGCGCCUGGCCGACCUGAAGCACAAGACCACAGUGGAAUGCCAGCUGCUCCAGGCAGGUGCCUUCUUCUUCCCCCUUGUGCCCCACUCUGUUCUCCAUCGUCACCCCUUCCCGGGCCAAGAUCAACCGGCCGAUAACCCCGAGCCAGCCUACGAUACCCUCAGCUUAGAGAGCUCGGACAGCUUGGAGACCAACCUCUCUGUGAGCGGGAACUCCGCCUGCUCCCCGGACAACACCUCCAGUGGCAGUGGGGCAGAUGCCAGGAAGAUUGAAGAGAUGGAGAAGCUGCUGACAGAGGCCCAGGCUGAGAGGACCCGCCUGAUGGAGUCGCGAGAGCAAGAGAUGGAGCUGCGUCACCAGGCCUUGGAGGAUGAACGGCGGCGGCGGGAGCAGCUGGAACGGCAGCUGCAGGAUGAGACAGCGCAGCGGCAGCAGCUGAUUGAGAGGGAGGUCAAGAUGCGGGAGAAGCAGCUAGCUCAGGCUCGCCCCCUGACCCGUUACUUGCCUAUCCGUAAAGAGGACUUUGACCUGCGCUUGCACAUCGAAUCCUCCGGCCACAGCGUGGACACCUGCAACCAUGUCAUCCUCUCGGAGAAGCUGUGCAAAGGCUACCUGGUCAAGAUGGGAGGCAAAAUCCGGUCCUGGAAGAAGCGCUGGUUUGUCUUUGACCGCCUGCGGCACACCCUCUCCUACUACGUGGACAAGCAUGAGGCGAAGCUGAAAGGCCUCAUCUAUUUCCAGGCCAUUGAGGAGGUUUAUUACGAUCACCUCCGAUGCGCAGCCAAGAGCCCCAACCCCGCCCUAACCUUCUGCAUCAAGACCCACGACCGGCUCUACUACAUGGUGGCCCCCUCGGCAGAAGCCCUGCGCAUUUGGAUGGAUGUCAUUGUCACAGGGGCUGAAGGCUACACCCAGUUCCUGAGCUGAGGCAGCAGAGCCAUGAACAGUGCCAGAGGGCAGAGCUGCAGCUCUCCCUCAAGGGCUUCCCAUGGACAGCCUCCGCCAGCAGGCAUGGAUUCCUCUGCCACAGGUGCCUGGGACGGGCACGCGAGUGGCAAAAGCAGGGGCCCUGCCAGCAGCUUCUCCUACCUUUCACUAGACUCCAGGAGGAAGCCCCCCCCCCCCCGCUUCAGAGGUGUGA